CUGCUAUGAAAGAGUAAGGUGUAGAAUCUUUUAGUUUAAUAGAUACUAUAAAUUAUGAAGAAUUAGAUCAUAGUCAAAUAAUGAUUUUUGUUAGUUAAAAAUAAAAAAAUAUUGGACUAAUUCAUAAACUUUUAUAGAAAGAUAGCAAAAUAUAAUAAAAUAAAAAAUAUUUUUAUGUGAUAUUCUGGCCAAAAAUAAAUUAAUUGUAUUUAUAAACAUUAAAUAGUUAUAAAUCCUAAUAUUAUUCAUAAAUGGAAAUUUUAAAUUUUAAUUUUGAUUUUAUUCCUUUAGAUAAUGAUUUUUUAAGUUUGGAAUAAUAAGAUAGUUUUAAUAAUAUUUAUUUAGAAAAUGAUUAUUUUACCUAUUAGUAAGUUUCCGAAUCUAUUUAAAAACUUUAAAUUAUUUUUGGAAAAAUUCCUAAUAUUUUUUCUAAAGGGGAUGGAAUCAAAGCAAAUAUAAUAUUUAUUUUUUUAAAAAUUAAAUAAAAAAAAAAUAAAGAUUCUUCAUAAAGUUAAAUAGAAACUAUGAUUAUUAUUGAAAGAGGAAUCGAUUUUAUUACUCCAUUAUGUACUUAAUUAACAUAUGAAGGAUUAAUAGACGAUAAUUAUGAAAUUAAUGGAAAUAUUUUAAGAAUAGACUCUUCUAUUUUAGGAGGUGAAUAAGGAAAAACCUCUAGUUUAAGACUUUCAAGCGAAGAAAACUAAAUAUAUGAAAAUAUAAGAAACUAAUAAAUAACAUAAGCACGAAAAUAUUUAAACAAUCAAACUUUAAAAAUUCAAUAAUUAAAAUAAUAAAUAAACGAAUUAAAGAAAAAAGCCACAGCCGAGGAACUUGAAAAGUGUUUAAAACUAGUAAAUUUAAUGUAGAAAAAUUAAAAAAAUCUAGAAGAUAAUGUUAAUAUUUCUGUUAGUAUUAUUGUGAAAAUGAGAUCUAUUGAGUUUUAUAAAGAACUUUCAUUAGAGUAAAGUAUUUUAAUAGGCGCGAAUCAAAAUUAAACAUUUGAUUAUAUAGAAAAUAUAUGUGGACUAGGUGUUCCUAUUCUAAAACCUAUGAAAUUCUUAUGUCUAUAAUCUCUUAUAGAUAAAGGAAUUAAAUCUAAAUAAUAUGAUGAUAUUAGAAAAGAAUUAAUACAUGAAUACGGUAUUCAAUGUUUUCUUACUUUAUAAAAAUUAUAAUAAAUUGGAUUAAUUAAAAGAUAAGAUAAUUCUAAAAAUAUUUGGACUGAAUUAAAAGAUUCAUUUUAAUUAAUUAAUGAAGAAGUAGAUUCUGAAAAUCCUAAUGAUGCUUCUUAUGUGUAUUCUGGAUAUUGUCCUUUAUUGGUCAGAUUAGUAGAAUGCUGUAUUAAACAUUAAAGCUGGAAACCAUUUUAAAAAUAACUUAAAAUAGUUUAAGGCUUUUAAAAUUAUCCAGAACCUUAAUAAUAUGUAAAAUUAUAAAAUAAAAGCGCGAUUUUAGUUUAUGUUGUGGGGGGAAUUACUUAUGGAGAAAUCUCAGCUUUAAGAUAUGUAUCUUAAUAAUUAAAUAAAGAGAUUAUUAUAGCUACUACUAAUAGGAUUAAUUGUAAAAAAAUGCUAUAAGGAAUAAUUAAUCAUGGAUAUAAAUAAAAAGAUUGA